CUCUGUAUAAUAUAAGCAUAAUCCUCAGACAGAUUGGGCUCUGUGUUGUCAUCUCCUCGUCAGGCGCUUCUCAUUCAUUUGACUUCGAAUUGGAAGGUCGAUAAAUUGCGCGUUUGAUUGGUUCCGCCUGAAGGUCCUUUCGACAUAUCCAGGCACAAUGGCGUACAACCAGAAUCCAGGGGGCCAAUACUAUCCUCAACAACAAUAUGGCUCCAAUGUUCCAUACCAAGACCAGAGCCAAUACCAAAAUCAAUAUCAAAAUCAAUACCCUCAGCAACACCAGCAAUAUCCACCACAGCACCAACAACAGCAACCACAGCAUCAUGCUCCUCAAGGGCCGCCGUCGGCCGCAGCAUCAUUCGAUCAAAGCUGGCAUUCAACUGUGGACGGCAUCUCGUAUUCAAUCACUAACCGUGACACGAACGCCAUGCUGAAUGUGCGCAUACCCCAAGGUGUUGUCAUCAAGUCCAAACCCGGUGCCAUGAUCCAAAUGUCUCCAACCGUCGUCCUUCAGGGAAAGGUAAAGUUUAGCAUGAAGAAAAUGUUCACUGGCGGGGAGAUGGCUGAAUCCAUGUACACUGGCCCUGGCGAAGUGUCCCUGGCACCUACCUUGUUUGGCGACGUAUCCGCCAUCCCCAUUCGCGGAGAUGAGGGCUGGAACCUUGGAAAGGAUGCUUUUCUGGCGUGUACGGGUGGAGUGGUGAAGGAGACUAAGAGCCAGGGCCUUGGAAAGGCCUUCUUCAGUGGGGAAGACCUGUUCAUCUACCGCAUUUCCGGCCAGGGCACUCUCUGGGUCACGUCUUUUGGUGCAAUUGUCACCCGAGAUCUUCAAGCCAACGAGCAGCACAUUGUUGACAAUGGUCACCUUGUUGCGUGGAACUGUCGAUAUGCCAUUGAAAAGGCCGGAAAGGGAGGCGUUCACAGUAUGACGACAGGCGAAGGUCUUGUCUGCCGAUUUACAGGACCUGGCAGGAUUUACAUCCAGACCAGGAACCAGGACGAAUUUGGGGACUGGGUAGCUUCGCGGAGUUCGAGUGCUUGAUCUCAACCCAGGCCCUGAUGAUUGCCGAUAUCUAAGGCAAACAUCUUGCUAGUACGCAGAAAGGAAAGCGGUGCCUGUGGCAUCUGGAUGUCUGGAUAUCUUUCUCCAGUAGAGUCUGUCGCUAGUUAGUGUGCCGUCAUCUCGUGCUGAUGGAUGUGUCCUGACGCGGCGGAGGAUAGACAGGAGGGAAACAAUGAAAAACGCAGAAACAUUGGCUACCGCCACCUUAACGAUUGAAUCGACAAGGAAACUCCGGUCUCGAUAGAGGUGGAUGGGACGCAUGAGAGAGACACUAAAGGAUGAAGAUAAGAUGUACCGGCGGGACUGGGAUGCGCGAACUGCGUGAAAUGUGAAAUACUCCUCCG